GGCCUCUCGCUGCCGCUCUACGCCUACGGGGGCGGCGGCCCAGAGGCCACGCCGCGGAUGGCCGCACGCGAAGGGCCGGAGGCGUCGUCUGCCGCCGGCCUGCCCGCGCCGCUGGUCUCGCCGCUGGGGGCGCAGAUGCGGUCGCCACAAGAGCUCGAAGCGCUUGCUGCUGGCGAGCAUACAACAUCCACGCGUGAAAGGACCCUUCCUCUGGCAUUUCCCCUUCCCUCACAUAUGGCAGCAUCCACCGAAAAUCGCCCUGGCGUUUUUGGACCCAGGUGUUCUUGUGGGAGAGCACGCAAUUGA